UUGAAAUUGAAGACAGCUAGAGAGGAAUAUCCAACAAUAUCCCCUUUCCUCUCUUCUCUUCUCUUCUCUAGCUGUAAGCAAACUAGGAAACCACUCUCAGAAUCAUCACAAAUUAUUUGGUUUCCUUUUCAGCAAAGUAAAGCAGUAAUGUCAUGAUCCUCUAUCCCCUCUUAAUUUCUCUGAUUCAGUUUUUUCUAAAGUUAACGCAUUCUCUUCUUUUAUAUAAAUUAUUUAAUUUAUUCUUAUUUUCAAUGUUCAAACCGUCUUCAUCAAUUUCCAGUUUUCAAUUCAAUUUCAGAUCUGAAGCCAAAGUUAGCAUCUUUCGAUCCUUCACAACUCAAAUGCUCAACUGGGUCUCUCCAUUGAAGUUGCAAAUUCUCGAAUUUUGAAAUUCAACUUGCAGAAGACCAUGUCUGGUGCAGGCCAAGCCAUGGACCAUGUGGGGUUUCCCAAGGCGAAAUCCACGGCGGCGCCGACGGCGGCUCAGGGCAAGAAAACCGGUCCGGUUUCGAUGGAUCAUGUUCUUCUGGCUUUGCGUGAGACCAAGGAAGAGAGGGAUCUUAGAAUUCGGAGUCUCUUCAAUUUCUUCGACUCUGCUAACAAAGGCUACUUGGACUAUGCUCACAUUGAAACGGGUUUAUCUGCACUGCAGAUACCCCCUGAGUAUAAGUAUGCUAAGGAACUCUUCAAGGUUUGUGAUGCUGAUAGGGAUGGCAGGGUAGAUUACCAUGAUUUCAGGCGCUAUAUGGAUGACAAGGAGCUUGAGCUUUACCGCAUUUUUCAAGCUAUUGAUGUGGAGCACAGUGGCUGCAUUCUCCCUGAAGAGCUUUGGGAUGCACUUGUCAAGGCUGGGAUUGAAAUUGAUGAGGAGGAGCUUGCUCGCUUUGUGGAGCAUGUUGAUAAGGAUAAUAAUGGAAUUAUCACUUUUGAAGAAUGGAGAGAUUUUCUUCUGCUUUAUCCUCAUGAAGCCACUAUUGAAAAUAUAUAUCAGCAUUGGGAGAGGGUGUGCCUUGUAGACAUCGGAGAACAAGCUGUCAUUCCUGAAGGCAUCAGCAAGCAUGUGCACAGGAGCAGAUAUUUUAUUGCAGGAGGGGUAGCAGGAGCUGCUUCUCGCACAGCAACUGCUCCUCUUGAUCGUCUAAAGGUGAUCUUACAAGUUCAGACCGGAAAUGCUUCUAUUAUGCCAGCAGUGAUGAAGAUAUGGCAACGAGAUGGUUUGUUAGGGUUUUUCCGAGGUAAUGGAUUGAAUGUUGUGAAGGUUGCUCCAGAGAGUGCCAUCAAGUUUUAUGCUUAUGAAAUGAUUAAAAAUGUAAUCGGAGAUGGUCAAGGGAACAAGUCAGAUAUCGGUACUGCUGGAAGACUUUUUGCAGGUGGUAUGGCUGGUGCUAUUGCACAGAUUGCUAUCUAUCCACUGGAUCUUGUCAAAACUAGGUUACAGACUUGUGUUCCUGAAGGUGGAAGGGUUCCUAAGUUGCGCACACUUACAAGGGAUAUAUGGGUCCAUGAGGGACCUCGGGCUUUCUAUAGAGGGCUUGUUCCAUCUCUUCUUGGUAUGAUUCCUUAUGCAGGCAUUGAUCUCACUGCCUAUGACACCUUGAAAGAUAUAUCCAAAACAUAUAUUCUUUAUGACCGCGAAGAACCUGGUGCUCUGAUACAACUCGGAUGUGGGACAAUUUCAGGAGCUCUUGGAGCUACAUGUGUCUAUCCACUGCAGGUUAUUCGUACAAGACUUCAGGCUCAACCUACGAACACAUCUAGUGGUGACAGAGGAAUGUCUGAUGUUUUUUGGAAAACUCUCAAGACUGAAGGCUUUGGAGGUUUCUACAAGGGACUCAUUCCAAAUCUCCUCAAAGUUGUGCCAGCUGCAAGCAUUACCUAUAUGGUUUAUGAAAGUAUGAAGAAGAAACUAGAUCUUAAGUAGAGUUGUUGUAGUUAGUGCCUAGACAACUGAACUGAUUUCAGAUAUUAUAGGAUGGCAUGAAUUGUUGAUGGUGACGAAAAAAAAGAGAGAUUAGCUAUUACAUAUAGUGAUUCUUCUAAGGAUAUCUUAAAACAUAGAUUUUGUAGUCAGAAAGUUUUUCCCCCAUGCUUAUCUGAACUAAAUGUUGAGAAAUUAGGAUGGUAUUCUAUAUAUACCAAGGUAAUGGGUGUUAUCCUUCUCGAUAUAUGUACUUUGCCCCCCUUUUUCCUAUAGCCAAAAGCGAAUAUACAUAACUAUAUUCCCUCUGUU